AUGGUUAACGCUGAAGGGGCAGCGGCGGCGGCAGCCGCCGGUGCCACCGACGCCGCCAAGCUGGGCGCUGCGGCGGCCGCCAAGGCUGCCCAGGCGAGCGAAGGGACCGACGCCUUCAUCUACGAGGAGUACGGCUUCCCGUCGGCGGCCGAACCCAUGCCAGCGGCCAACCCGCUGCUCAUCUGCUCGGUGCUGGUCUCCUACUUCCUGUUCGUGUCGGCCUGCUUCCUCAUCAUCAAGUACGCCUACCACGGCUACGAUGUGAACGCGCCUGACGUCCACACGGUGACCAGCAAGGACAUCCACGCGAAGCUCGAGUUUGACCAGAAGGACCUUGAGGACGGGAAGCCGCCGAACGCAAGGCGCUUCGCAAAUGCUCGGCGCGGGAAGAAGAAGGGCUCGAAAAAGCCAGCCCGAACCAAGAGGGUUGGUCGACGGUCCACGUCGUCGGCUUGGGAGAACGAGCGGGUGACCAUGAUGGCCGCCGAUGUGGACUACGUCGCCGAGGUGGUGGACUCGUCGGCAGCACUCGAGGGCGCUGGCAGACAUCAACGCGCCAAGACCACGGUCGACGACACCGCGGAGACCGACGGCACCGGCGACAGUGACGACGCUGCUCCGUCCUCCCCGGGUCGCCGAAGUGUGCGGCCGAAAAACUUGAAUAAGAGCGGUUGAGCGCGGUUCACGCCCGAAUGUUGUGUGGUCCUCGCUGCUUGCUGUGGUGGAGUGAGAUGGUGAUGAUGAUGAUGAAGCGGGCCGACGUUCGGCGCCCGCUUCGGCAAUUUCUGUUUCGUGCCGUGCGAACUUUUCCGUAGUCGUUGUUUUUGAACGUGAGCGCGCGUAUAAUAAAAAAAGAAACGCUUGAGGAUACGCCCAUUACGCCCCUUAGGAUACGCAGUAUAAAAUUUCGGUUGUCGUAUAUUGCAGACACGCUAUGAACUCCGAUAAUAACAAACAUGACUACCCCCGA